UUCCGCAUUCGGCCGCCGCCGCGCCGUGUCGCUCCAAUAGCCAGUAUCGCUGAGAGCUCGCCGGAGGCGGACGCACGCUCCUCCGCAUCCCCGCUCGAUCAACUACACGAAACAAGUUUUUCCAAAUUUGAACUGUUCAAACAACCCGCUACCAACACACGUCAUAAUGAACAACCGUAAAAUCAUUACAAGACUGCUUCGUAAACUGAUUUAAAGACGGUUUAUUGUGCAAUUUGUGGUUAAAUCUUUAUCUUUGACGAAGGUGUUACAAAAACGCGAGUGAAAUUGUUUAUUGUUUUGAAACAAAGACGUUCAAGUUUGUAGUUUGAAUUUCUGUUGUUUUCCCUGAGGACGCAAACGAAUAGCGUGUUGAAAAGAGACAGAAUGAGCUCCCAUCGGCUUCGAGCGACAGGUGUGGCGGGGUUAGCGGUGUUACUGGCAACUUUAUCAGGAUGUUCAGCGCAGAGCCUGCAGAUCUUCCCGAGACAGGAGCAGCAAACGGUGGCGGUGGGCAAGUCGGUAGUGCUCACCUGCCAGGCCAACGCGCCGGACCCCGCGCUCGUCACGCAACCCCAGUGGAAGGACCCGAAGGGUCAGGUCAUCAAUGCAGCUUCUCCGAGCACUCGACCAGAGAUCUACACGGAGUCGAGCCCCACAAAGCAGUUGCAAACGCUGUACAUAUCCUCGAUCACGCCCGCCAUGGCUGGCAAAUACACCUGCGUGUCCGCCUACACCAACGAGCCUUUGAGCGCUAGCGUCGUCUUGGACACUUUUGUUGCCAUUACAUGGAUCAACGCUAAUGAGAAUCAAUUCGCAACUAAAGGCAAAGACUUCAAAGUGAUGUGUGAGGUAGCUGCUGAGCCUGCGCCGUCCGUUGAUUGGUUCAAAGAAGGAACUCCGAUCUCGACUGGGGACAGAUAUGUUAUUCAUGCCAAUGGUCUAAUGAUCAAAAACAUCGAAGAAAGCGACGACGGAACAUACACUUGCCGAGCUGUUGUCAUCCAAACUGGUGAACUCGCAGAAAGGAAUAUAAAACUUGAGGUUUACACUGCACCAGAGAUGGAAGAGCGUGAGCCAAGAGUGGAAAUUAAAGAAGGAGGAUCAGCUGCCAUCACAUGCAAAGCUAGAGGCAAACCCCCGCCGAAAUACUCCUGGAUUAAAGCAUCGACACGAGAGAACUUGGCCAGUACAUCUCGAUUUAGUGUAAACGAAAUCACUGGACUUCUAACGUUCGAUAGAGUCGAAGCGGGAGAUUACGGUAAAUACAUAUGCAGCGCGGUCAACCAGGCUGGUCAAAACGAAACUGAAAUCGAAGUAGAAGUGCUUGUUCCGCCGAAGAUAUUCGAGUUGCAAAACAUGACUGUCGCUGAAAAGGCCGAAGGGCGGUUGGAAUGCAAAGCUACAGGGCGACCUGCACCUAGGAUUAGGUUCCGUAAACAUUCUAAGACAGAACCUUUUGUAAAUGGGCCUAACGAUGAUGGAAGAAUAAACAUUGAAACCACCUCUCAUCAAACCGGUGAUCAAAUGCAAACUAGUGCAGUCAUUACUAUUUCAAACGUAAAUAGAACAGAUGAUGGUUUAUACGAAUGUAUAGCAAACAAUGACGGUGGCGAGGCAAGGAAGAAUGGACAUCUGAUGGUAGAAUUCAAGCCUGUAUUUAACCCUAAUCAAAAUAUACCAUUGGUUUGGAGUUGGAAUUCCCAACCACGUAAUAUCAGUUGCAUAGCGGAGAGUAUCCCCAACGCAACUAUUAAAUGGAGAUUCCACGAACUGGACUUGGUAGAAACACCCCAUGUGAGGAUCUAUGGAGCAGGGCCUUACAGCACCGUAAGAGUAACUCCGACUGCGCGAACUUUGUAUGGACAUUACAAAUGCAUCGCCACCAACAGACACGGCGAAGCCGUUCAUUCCACAGAACUCAGGGAAGCCUUUGUGCCAGGACCUGUCACUCAAGUGCGUCAAGAAAUACUAACAGCUACAUCAGUAACAUUCAAUAUCGUGGGACCUGCUGAAGAAAUGAAUCCACCGAUUCAGGCUUUUACUGCUCAAUACAAAGAGAACGGCAAUUAUGAUUGGAACUUUGCGAAGAACCGAACUUGGUCUGUGAGCUCGCCGUACGUGGUGGAGGAUUUAAAACCGAUGUUCUCAUACGAUUUUAGAUUCGCAGCAGUAAAUAUAGUUGGAGGCGGUAGCUGGGGAGCACCUAUUACUGUCGUCAUGCCGAGGAGGUCGCCACCAGAGCAACCAAAAUGGAGACAACCACCCACUCCCAGUCCUGAAUCGCUGCAGCACGGAAAAUAUGCUGACAGAUAUGAACUACAAUGGAAGAUUCCAGCUCAUAACGGAGAACCAAUUGAUAUGUAUGAAGUCAGCUAUUGUCCAGUGCUGAAAGUGAGCGGUGAAUGGCGAGAAUCAUCUGAAUCUCUAUGCGUUACUCAAGAACUAAAGUCCUAUGAAGCUAUUAAUUAUGAAGUCACCGGUUUGCAACCCGACACGCGCUACCGCAUGAGUGUUCGCGCCCACAAUAUCUUGGGCUACUCUAAGCCCUCGACUCUCUAUGUCCAGACCGCUCUCGGUGUACCCUUCUCCGGAUAUGCAUCUUCUCAAAUGUUAUCAAGCGGCGCCAUCAUCGGGCUGGCUUUAGCCGGAGUCUUCAUCUGCCUCCUCAUCGUGGAUCUCCUUCUCCUCUGCUUCAGGCGCCAGGGCGUUAUCGCCACUCUCUGCGGCAAACGUGGCAAGAAGCACAAAGACGACGAAGCCAAGUUGGGGAGUCUGUACGGUUGGCGUUUCCCGCUCCCUUAUUGCAGCACGAAGCCGCGCGCGCCUCCGUCCCCCGCGCCCUUGCCGCCGCCCGUCAAGCUCGUACCGACUCCGACAGAUGAAAAGGAGCCUCUUAAAGACACUGCUGAAGACGCGCUGAAGAGGAACUCAUCUGUAGAAUUCGAUGGCCGGCGAGUUUAUGCCACGAGCGGGGGCACAAUCAUUGGCAAAAACUCCGCUGUAUAAUCAAUUUGACUUGAAAAUUGAAUACGUGUAUUGUGCCAAGAACGACUUAUUUGGCUUAGCAACAGCCAUAAGAUUAAAAUAAGACUCCUUGACUUUGACUUGGCAAAAGACAUCGUUUUAUAGUUACGCUUUUUGUUUUAUGCUGAAACUUAUGUCGUUCUUGGCUUUAAUGGAGACGUCUCAUGUAGUUUUAUAUAAAGUUAAGCUCUAUUUAUAAUCUACGCGAAUGUGGGACUGUACACGUUCGACUUCAUUUCAAAUCAACAAAUUGGUUACAGUCAUGUUCAACAAAAUUAUUCUUUUAAAAUUGGUUUAUUCAUGUUUGUUCGCCUGAACAUGACGUGUGUUGGAAAAUGCCCAAAAUUAAAACACCAUAUAAUGUGUCAAUGUUUUUGUGUUGUCGAAUUGAAAAAGUUGAGAAGCUUAUGGACUGAGAUUAAUUCUGAUAAUAAAGAAUAUUUUAUUUUAGCUUUGUGUGACACUUAGUAACUGAGUUCUCUUAUUGAAUUGAAUAAGAAUAACAUACUUACGUAAGUCGCAAAUUAAAAUGUAAAAAUAUAAAAAAGCGAACAGCCGGUUGACACUUUUCUCAUUUCUCUCUUGGAUUGAAUAUAAAUAGGUAGAUGAUUGACUGAAUUGUGUGCAGUUCCUAAAUCUGUCGUAUUACCUGUGAGAAUAAAGCUUGUGUAGAUGUGAUGAGCGUGACCAGUAUUUUGAAACUGCCAAAACGAAUUUGUUACUUUAUUAUUAAGUACAUACGUAAGCAGCUUUACUAUGUCCUUAGAUAUAAUUAUUUAUUAACUAUCACUGUAUUAUCUACAUAAUAUCGCUUAUAUUUCGCAUUUCAUACGCAUCUGAAUCCACCGAACGCGAAUUCCUCAAGAUUAGAAUUAAUAUUUCGAUCUUUUUACACUAUAGCCGUUUAUUAAGGUACAAAACGUGCCUUCUAGAGUAUGUACUUUUUAAUGAGGGUAUUUUUAUAUUUAAGUGUACAUACACAAUAGUUAGGAUUUGACUACACAAUUAGAAACCUGAAUUUUUACCUUUCCAUUUUUUACAUCACGGAUAAAAAAGUACCUAAUUAUUUAACCUAAUAUUUACUAUUAGAAUUAAUUAUUUAUCCGUUAUACAUGUAUGUCUCUCUAAUCUUAUAAUGUUUAUUAAAUUUAUUAUGCCUUUAGUGCUUUGCUAUGACCAAAAUGUACCGCUAGCAAAACAUUAAAGAAUGAACAAAUCGUCAGGUGACAAGCUAAAGUCACUAAUUACUUUUAAAAAAUUAAACAAAAAUCUACCUUCUUUUAGUACUAAUAUGGUUCACUUUGGCUAUGAACUUGUGGUGGUACUUAGUGAAUUUUGCUUGUCACCCGACGAAAUAAUGCUGAGUACCUUUAAGAAGUCUCAUUAAUCAGCAAAAAAUAUCUCUAACAAAAUAAUGUUUUAGCUUAACGAAAAUAUAGCCGCUAUUAUUAUUUUAGAUUAGGCUUGUAAAUAAACUAAUUCUAAGUUCUGUAAAUAUUUACUAGUUUAUAUCCCUAAUUGUUUUAUUUUUCUAGAUUUAGGUAUUUGGGGGUCAUGAAAUAGCAAAUGCACCUACUUAAAGUUGAAUAUGCAGAAUAGAGCAAAGUAUUUGCAUUUAGUGACCCCAAUAUUAUGCAAAACUACUUGCUUAUACUACGAGUAAGCUUUUAUAAGUCAUGUUGUGUUUAAUUUUAUAAACAUAAUGCAAUUCACAAAUAAAUAAAUGUUAGUAGAAGACAUGUGGUCAAGAACGGGAACAACAGUAAAAAAAAAACUAUUCAAUCGUAAUUAUUACUUAAGAAUGGAAAAAUAUUUUCGAAGGUAAUCAUUUUGAUACGCAAAAGAAAAUAAAUUUAACCUCUAGCCGCCCAGAUAGCCAUAAAAAGUUCUCCUGUUCCAUUCUAAUUUGAACUUUGUGUUGACAAAAUAAAAUUUCAUUUUGCUUGGCAAGGUUUGACGAAUGGGCGGCUAGAGGUUAAGUAUUCUAACAAGGUAAGGGAAAUACUUUAUCACCGAAUUUUCGAUCCGCUUUAUAAACUUUUAUUUUCUUUCAAGUUAUUAAGUCAUCCGGAAUUAAUUAACCAUAAAUAUUAAAAAGAGGAUCAAAUCUAGGUAUAUUUAUUCCUAUUUAAAUUUAAAACUGGAUUUCUAUUCAAUUACUUUUUAACGUAGAUACCCUACAUGUAAUUUCAAAGCAGAUUUAAAAUAUUAUUUUUAAUAAAUUGACCUUCAUAAAUUUGCAAAUGAAAGAAAACCGAAUUAUCUAAUUAGAUUAUAUUAAUUACCUGUAAUGUCGGCGCUUGAAUACGUUAUCGCAUGUAAUGUCUGUCUGUAUGGAUGUCUGUAUGUCGGCUUGACGGAUAUCGGUGAAGAAUAUUACUGAAGCACAUUUUUUAUAAAAAAUAAAUGUCUCAAAAUUAA